CUUACUCCCUUUAAAACUUUCUCAGCGCUGCAGCAGCGAAUCCAGACUCUCUCUCUCUCUCCCACGAUUUCUACUCAUCGAUUUUCAGUGCGGAAGAAGGAAACCUCUUUAAACCUCUCCUAAACCUCAUUAUCUCAUUCAAUAGCCAAUACAAACAAAACUGGCGUAAUUCAAGCAGUGAAGAAGCAUGAACGAAUCGGUUAUGCACACUCAGUAAUUAGCCUUCGUUACUUUCCUUAACACACAACUCUCGAUUCUCAUCUGGUACAUAUCCAAUCCCUUCCUCACCUUUCCCUUAUAACACGGUAUAUUCUACUCUGUUUUCUUCGUCGAAUGAACCAACGACCGACUUCUGUUGACUUUCAGAUGGUCUUGUUGAGAUGCUGAUCCUACAAAGACGAAGGUAUUGAUAAAAUCAUCCGAACCCCAAUGUCCACAUGGUGAAAGCGCUAGCUUUUCAAGAAAUUUUGUUCUAACAUGCUUUCUAGCUCACUGCUCUCGCAUCGGAGGAAGUAAAGUUGACGGCGGUGAACGGUGGGAUGCUCUCAGAUUUAAACGACUUCUCGACAAGAAAUUGCGUUAUUGAAUUUGCUAUUCAGAAGACACAAUAUCCAGAAGGUGAACUCAUUAGAAUCCUUUAAUUUUGAGAUGAAGCCAAGAGUUCCAACAUUGGAGGAAGGCAAUGACCCUGCCGCCAUAACCAGAACUACCCAGUACAGGGUUUUCCCGCUGUGGGUAUUGCAGUUCUUUGUGGUGUUUCUGGUUCUGGGUAUUGGGUUUUCCGUACUUAGUAUGCACAUGGUCCGGUAUUUCGGAGCUCGGAAUAUUGUUUCCACAGCACGACCCAGUUUCCAAUCUUGCUUCGAAGGGCCCAGUAAUCUAGAGCGUUGGAUCAGACCACCCUCCCAUCCGAUGCACAUGAUGAGUGAUAAGGAGCUCUUCUGGCGGGCUUCAUUCGUUCCUCGAGUAAAGACGUAUCCUUUUGUGAGAGUCCCCAAGAUUGCUUUCUUGUUCCUGGCGAGGGGUCCAUUGCCGCUUGCGCCUCUCUGGGAGAGGUUCUUUAAGGGCCAUGAAGGGCUUUAUUCGAUCUAUGUUCAUUCAUUGCCAUCUUACAAUUCUGACUUCCAACCUACAUCAGUCUUUUAUCGAAGACAAAUUCCCAGCCAGGUGGCUGAGUGGGGGAAGAUGAGCAUGUGCGAUGCAGAAAGGAGACUCCUAGCAAAUGCAUUGCUUGAUAUUUCCAAUGAAAGGUUCGUGCUUGUGUCUGAAUCAUGUAUUCCUCUGUAUAAUUUUAGCAUUGUCUACCACCACAUAGCAAGUUCCAGGUAUAGCUUUAUGGGGGCAUUUGAUGAUCCAGGCCCCUAUGGUAGAGGACGCUAUAAUCAGAACAUGGCACCUGAAGUUAACAUCACUCAGUGGCGUAAGGGGUCUCAGUGGUUUGAAAUUAAUAGGAGGCUUGCAGUCAAUAUAGUGGAGGAUGUUACAUUCUACCCAAAGUUUGAAGAGUUCUGCAAACCGGCAUGUUAUGUGGAUGAGCAUUAUUUCCCUACCAUGCUGACUAUUCAGACACCACAGCUCUUGGCAAACAGGAGCAUUACUUGGGUAGACUGGUCAAGGGGUGGUGCUCACCCGGCUACAUUUGGGAAUGCUGAUAUUACAGAGGACUUCCUGAAGAGAAUUCUUGAAGGUAACAGCUGUCUUUACAAUAACCUGCCUUCUUCAGUCUGCUUUCUUUUUGCAAGGAAAUUUUCCCCCAGUGCAUUGGAGCCUUUACUCUUGUUGGCAUCAAAAUAUUUUGGCUAUUGAAAAAGGGUACCUACCACUUUUCUUUCUGCAGCACUGGCAUGGGGCCUAAAGGGGUGGGAUGGGAGUAGGAGAUGGAAAUUUGUGAGGUUGGAUGACUUUUAUGUCUAUAAGAGCGAAUCUUUUCAAAAAUGCUUUAGAUUAUAUUACCUUGAUGGGUAUCCUAUGCUUGGUUUAGUACAACCUCAAGCCUCAAGUAUGCAUAUCUUCUUGCACUUCGCUUUAACAUCCUAGAUUUGUUACCGAGUUGAUAGUAAUCAAUGUCAAUAUACUGAUCUUGCCUGUUAUGUAUAUUCUUCAGUAGUAUACACCUUUUUCUUUUUCUUUUCA